AUGUCUGAGAUGUUUACGCGCAUUCCCGUAGCUGGUGAAAGAAAAAUCCAUACUUUGAGCCCUAGCUGUUUGUUGCCCGAGCCCUACAAAAUUAGUCGUGAAUUAGAGCUCGUGAUGUGUGGUACUGAUCCAUUAAAUCCUUCCAAUGAGGUGAGCGAUAACGUCUCCGUGUCUCUUGCAGUAGCCCGUCGCGACCAACUAUAA